AUGAAUUGCAUAUUUUGGAAUUGUCAAGGGCUCGGGGCGCCCCUGACAAUUCAUGUGCUCGGAGACAUUAUCCGAGAUCAUCAGCCCCGACUUGUGUUUCUCUCAGAAACGAGGGCGACACUUCAACUCAUAGAGAAAUUGAAACGACGAUGGAAUCUCAACGGUUUAUGCGUUGAGAAAGUGGGACAAUCGAGAGGUUUAGCAUUAUUUUGGCAAAAAGAUUUAGCCGUCGAUCUUAUCAGUUACUCUAAUAACCAUAUUGAUGCGGAGGUUAGCGGAGUUAACCAUAAUAGCAAAUGGAGAGUAACGGGUUUUUAUGGAUUUCCAGAGCAUAGUCGACGACAGCUGUCUUGGAAUCUGCUUCGCAACUUAGGUCAACGCCGGGACCUGCCAUGGCUGAUAGGGGGUGAUUUCAAUGAGAUACUCAGUAAUGCAGAGAAGACGGGGGGACCGCAAAGACUACCAUCACGUAUUGAGAUGUUUCGAGAGGCUUUAGACGAGUGUGGUUUGAUUGAUAUGGGGUACGAAGGCAUACCGUUCACCUGGUCAAACAAUAGGACUGAUCCAUGCACGGUGCGGUGCAGAUUGGAUAGGGUUUGUGCGAGUAACGAAUGGCUUACAAGGUUCCCUAAUGCCCGUGUUCAACACCUGAGCUACGCGGGGUCAGACCAUAUUCCUAUCAAAUUAAUUUUCAGCAUUCCAGUUUCUACUUGUAAUUCGAGGAGGAAGAGACCUUUUAGAUUCAAAGCCACAUGGCUCCGACGAGAUGAUUGCGAGCAAAUUAUUGAACAACAAUGGACAAAAAAUAUUGAUGCAGAUCCCAUGGAGGCAUUAAUCCAGAAAAAUAACGAUUGUCGGCUUGCUCUUAUCCAGUGGAGUAAGUUGACUGUCAAACAGCCGAGGAAGAUGAUUGAGACUCUCCACAAACGGAUUCAAAAUCUCAAUAUGGCCAACCUAAUAGAAGGUAGUAGACAUGAGAUACGGGUGCUAAGGGCUGAGCUCGAACGGGCGUACGAGGAUGAAGAUUUGGUAGACCGUAUUAAAAAUGCGGAGGGUAUUUGGCAGGAAAAACCUGAAGAUAUUGAGAAAAUUAUUAGUGACUAUUUCGAACAUGUUUUCAAGUCUACGAAUCUGAGCGGAGAAGAGAUAGAUGAGGUGUUGGCAAGUAUUGAGACCAGAAUCACCGGAGUAGCUAGUCAACUUCUUUCCACACCUUUCACUUCGGAUGAGUUUGGCCAAGUGUUACCCUCGAGAGGCCUUCGACAGGGGGACCCUCUCUCACCGUACUUAUUCAUAUGUUGUGUUGAGGCACUCAUUGCGAUGAUUUCAGCAGCAACGGCACGGGGAGAUUUCCAAGGCGUUCGUGUGGCGCCGACAGCUCCGACGGUGUCUAGUUUAUGCUUUGCCGAUGAUACUCUCAUUUUCGGCAAAGCUACUGAGGCAUAUGCAUGCGUGCUGAAAGACAUUUUAGAUAAGUAUGUGAGGGUGUCCGGGCAGGAAAUCAACCAUGAGAAAUCCACGAUGAUGUUUAGUCCGUCUACUCCUCCAACGCGGAGAAACAACAUUCACCAGAUUCUCGGUUUCCAUAUUGUUGACCGUCAUGAGAAAUAUUUGGGGUUGCCGGCUACUAUUGGAAAUGCUAAAAAGAAUAUUUUUGCCUAUCUGCGAGAUCGAGUUUGGUCAAAGAUCAAAGGAUGGGGGGAGAAACAACUCUCUAAAGCGGGUAAGGAAGUUCUGAUUAAAGCAGUUUUACAGGCGAUCCCGUCAUAUGUGAUGAGCUGUUUUCUUCUUCCGGCUUGUCUGAUAAAGGAAAUUGAAGCUGCUAUUCGACGUUUGUGGUGGGGAAAUGGGGCGAAUAAGGGUAUGGCCUGGCUUUCUUGGAGUUAG